UCUACAGAAGAACUGAACUGACAGUGAUCUUUCAUUCUCUCUCUCUCUCUCUCUCUAUAUACUUACACUUCAAAUCUCAAGUUUUUUUUAUAUAUAAAUAUAUUUAUAUACACAUAGAGACAGGGAACAGCAAUUCCUAUAAUUUAGCGUAAUCUCCAAAAAAUUGGGAUUCUGUGAGCGUGUUUUGUGAUCGGAUGGGAAGUUAUUAUAACGGCGGUGGAGAUACGGAACAGCAGCAGAGGCAGACGUUAUCGGCUCCGUUGAAGGGGAAGAAGAAGUCAUCGGCGGGUUUAUAUCAAGCUGGUUCGGAGGUGGAUGAUAUUGUUACCCUAUUACAUGGCUCCGAUCCGGUGCGUGUGGAGCUCACUCGCCUUGAGAAUGAAGUACGAGUUAAAGAUAGAGCGCUGGGAGAGGCUAAUACAGAAAUAAAGGCUUUGAAGUACUCUGAACGCCUUAGAGAGAAGGCGGUUGAAGAGCUAACUGACGAGCUAAAUAAAGUAGAUGAAAAGCUAAAAGCCACAGAAGCUCUCCUUGAAAGCAAGAAUUUAGAGAACAAGAAAAUAAAUGAAGAGAAAAAAGCAGCUCUGGCCGCACAACAUGCUGCUGAAGCCACACUUCGAAGGGUGCAUGCUGCGCAGAAAGAUGAUGAGAUGCCACCGAUCGAGGCAAUUAUAGCGCCACUGGAGGCUGAUUUGAAGCUGGCAAGGUCGGAGGUAUCAAAGCUACAAGAUGAUAACAAAGCACUUGAUCGGCUUACUAAAUCUAAGGAGGCUGCUCUGUUGGAAGCAGAACGUUCAGUUCAGAUGGCUUUAGCAAAAGCUUCCUUGGUUGAUGAUCUUCAGAACACAAACCAAGAGCUGAUGAAACAAAUCGAGAUAUGCCAGGAGGAGAAUAAGAUAUUGGACAAAAUGCAUAGGCAAAAGGUUUCUGAGGUUGAAAAGCUAACUCAAACUGUUCGUGAGCUUGAGGAGGCUGUUUUGGCUGGUGGCGCUGCAGCCAAUGCUGUACGUGAUUACCAGCGGAAAGUGCAGGAAAUAAAUGAAGAGAAAAGGAUUCUAGACCGUGAACUAGCUCGGGCUAAGGUUUCUGCAAAUCGUGUUGCUGUGGUUGUUGCAAAUGAUUGGAAAGAUGCCAAUGACAAAGUAAUGCCAGUAAAGCAGUGGCUUGAAGAAAGGAAAUUCUAUCAGGGAGAAAUGAACCACCUGAAAGAUAAGCUGACAAUUGCAGAGCGUGCAGCUAAGUCAGAAGCCCAGUUAAAGGAAAAAUACCUAUUACGAUUUAAAGUUUUAGAGGAAAGACUUAAAGCAUUUCAAAAUGGCACUUCCCGUGUGUCAUUGCGGGGAGGAAAUGUAAGCAAUGGGACUUCAAGAAGGCAGUCUUUUGGAGGAGCAGAAAAUUUGAACAGGACAUCCUCCAAUGGGUUUCUAUCUAAAAAAGCAAAUUUUCAAUCUGGGUCAUCCCGGACAAGUAGUGCUUAUGCAUCGUUACAGCAAGCAAAGAAUUUGUCAAGCUCAUUUGAUAGUGGCGGUGGACCAGCGGUAGAUGAUAAGCUGGAUUCAGAUGUAAACGAGAAAGUUGAUCAACCAGACAGUAUCAGCAAAGAGACUCAAAUUAAUGGAAGGAUUACUUCCCUGGAGAAUGGGGAUGAGAGUACUUCCAGUGGAAAAUUGAGAAUGGAAAAUGAAGACUACGUUUCUGGAACAUUGUAUGAUAUGCUGCAGAAGGAGGUUUUAACUCUGCAAAAAGCUUGCCGUGACAAAGAUCAAAGCCUUAAAGAUAAAGAUGAUGCAAUUGAGGCUUUGGCAAAAAAGGUUGAAACAUUGAACAAGGCAAUGGAAGUUGAGGCCAAGAGAAUGCGAAGAGAAGUAGCUUCUAUGGAGAAGGAAGUUGCAGCGAUGCGCAAUGGCAAAGAACAAGAUCAAAGAAACAGACGUGUUGGUGCUGUCAGAGGAGCCGUCAAUGGUUCUCAUUCACUUUUAGUGAGGAAUCGCCGGCAUCCAUAGGCUCCCGAGGUUUAAACUACCUUACAAUGGAGAGGACAUCUUGUUAGUUUAGUAAGCAUCGACCUCACUGAAUUUAUCCCCUUCCUCUCCACUUUAUCAUCUUGUUGAAUAUGUCUCGACCAAGUAAGCAAAUUGUAAAGCAUUUUCUAGUUGUUUCGGGACGUAAUCCUCAUCUUGUAUAUUUGGCUUGAUACACGCAAUCCUCUCAAAUAUCAGUUUUGACUUUGUUUCA